CGUCCAAACCGAUUGCUCAUCCGCCUCCACCAUUGGGUGCCACAAUACCAGAAAACAUGAUGAAUAAGAAGAAAAGACGCCAUUCCGGUGACGAACUCCAUCAACCCAGCGACACGCUCCUGCAAAAUGCAAUUCGUCAUGCCGAUCGCGGGUCAACAAGCAUUCGACCUCGUGAGCCCGGACCUCACGCCGACGCGUACUAUCGCAAUCUGUACUCUACCGCACCGGAUUUUGGCAAGAUGGGCCGUGAAGACCCGAGUUUCGGGGCCAUGCUCAAGCGAGGGAACCUCGACUUCAAUGACCCUGCCGCAGUGAUGCAACUUACAAAGACGUUGCUCAAAAGAGACUUCGGGUUAGAGGUUGAGUUGGCCGAGGAUCGACUUUGUCCUCCGGUACCAAAUCGUCACAACUACAUCCUAUGGCUGAAAGGUCUGCUCGAUAGCACCACCUACGACGAUCCAGACAGGAAAAUUGUUGGUCUCGAUAUCGGAACCGGGGCAAGCUGUAUUUACCCGCUCUUGGGAUGUACCCAACGCCCGUGGUCGUUCUUUGCUACAGACAUUGAUCCCAAAAGCAUAAAUUGCGCGAAGAGAAACGUGGAGCUGAACAACCUUCAAAACCGAAUCUCAGUCGUCGCUCGCACGCCGCAAGACCGUCUGGUUCCUUUAGACGAGCUUGGCGUCGACUCGUUAGGUUUCGUCAUGACGAACCCUCCAUUCUACACAUCCGAAAAAGACCUGGUCGACUCUGCAAAGAAAAAGUCGCGACCCCCAUUGACGGCGUGCACCGGAGCGUCGAUAGAGAUGGUGACCGCUGGCGGCGAGGUCAGCUUCGUCGGCAGGAUGCUCGAAGAGUCUCUCGUCCUACGCGAACGUGUGCAGUGGUACACGUCCAUGUUCGGGAAGCAGUCCAGCCUCGAGGAGUUUGUAGGUGUCCUCCGGGAGAAAGCCAUCGACAAUUACGCCGUCACGGAGUUUGUUCAAGGCAACAAGACCCGAAGAUGGGCCAUCGCUUGGAGUUUUGGGCCGAUGAGGCCCUCGGAGGAAGUUGCACGAGGCCUGAAGGCUGCCGUAUGGAAGAAGAUACUCCCUGUGGCUGUCGAGUCGGAGGUCGUCAGCUUUCCUCUGGAGACCGGAGCCGGGAAGCUUGGAGACAAGGUCCACGAGCUCAUGUCUUCGUUGGAUCUCAUCUCUUGCCAGUGGAAUCGCGAGAAACUUGUCGGUGUCGGCAGGGCACGGGAGAACGUGUGGAGUCGCGCUUGGAGGAGGAAAAAAGCACGAGAGGAGCGCGAGGGCAAGCCAGUGGACGUUAUGAUGGACUCGGAGGUGUGCACAUUCGGGUUCGAAAUUGCACUGCGGGUCGGUAGAGAAAGCAUAUCCGUCCUCUGCCGAUGGAGGGAAGGCCACGACCAGGCCAUGUCUGAAAGCUUUUGCGGCUUCUUGAAGACGCGUGUGACAACUGCAUAGACCAGAAACAACCCUCGUACUGUUUUUUUUUAGGAGCUUUGUCUGCUCCGUGUCGGUUCAAAAGGCUCUUAGAGUGAUUGGGGAUUUAACGCUGAGUAAUAGUAAACAAAACAGCCAGAGACAGUUCAAGUCACUGAAGCACACAGAUUAAUUUUGAAUCACAAUUCAAUCAAUUUCAAG